AACCAUCAGAAACCAAAAUUCAAAAUCCAAAAAUAGAAAAAAAAAAAAAAAAAGAAAAGAAAAGAAAAGAAAAACACCAAAAGGAUAAAAUAAAAAAUGACCAAUCAUACAGUUCCCAAAACCACCGAGGUCAUUCCAGGUGCACAUGUAAAUAUCGUUCUCAAGGCUGACCAACGCACAGGCCGUCAAGUAAGCGGCGCUGUUUGUGAUGUCUUGACGCGUGGUGAUCAUCACCGUGGUAUCAAAGUGAGGCUCACUGACGGUCGCAUUGGACGAGUUCAAAGCAUGGCAACCAACAUGGCCUCUGUUUCCCCAGCCUCGACUUCUGGAUCCAAUAAUCUGACACCAAUCGAUAAUUAUGCGCCACUCACCAACGAGACAAUGAUGAAUUCUUCAGCCAAUGCGAGAAUUUCUCAUCUUCCCCGCGGACGCCGCCCGCGUUAUCAAGACAUGCGGCUGGAAGAACAGCCUGAAGUUGCAACAGAACAAGUUGAAUUAAGCGCGUUCAUUGUACCGGCGAAGCGCAAGGGCAAGAAGAAGAGAAAUGGAAAUGGAAAUGGCCCAAACGACCCAAACGAGACUGGUCAACCAAGUGGCUCGGCCCGAACUGACGACCUCCCAAGCAAUACUGGGCUCAAUCCUGUCAUGGAUGUAACAUCGGCCACGGUGACUUGCCCGGUUUGUGGCGCAUUCGAGGGAGAUGAAAUGGCCGUGGCUCAUCACGUCGCGGAGCAUUUCGAAUAGGUCUAACCAACCAAUCAACCCUGAAGCAACCUUGAAAAUAGGAGAGAAAAACACCAGGCACAACUUGUACCUGCCUAGUAAGUAGGAUGUAGGCAUCCCAGGAUGGCAUAUAGGUACAUUCACAUUCAAUAUUUUGAAUGCAACGACAUCUCUCACGACUCCUUUCGAGGGCUUAUAUUCCGUCAUCACAUUUGCGAUCGCAUAGGUGCCUACCUAGAGACUCGACUUACUCGCCAG